AUGACGACAAGUAACAACAACAACAACAACCCGAAUUCUUCUCCUACUACCAUUGUACCAACGAAUCAUCCUUCUCAUCCAAAUGUUUCUUCGUCUUCUUCACAACCAACAAUGAAUCAUUCCAUUCAUUCAUCAACUGGUCCGAAAUCACAAACACCUCACAAAUCUCAUCAUCCUCAUACCCAUCAUCAUACCUUCCUUCCUCCUCAUUCCUACAUGAUCCAACAACAAGAACCAACCUCACUCAAAGAUAAAACCUUACUUGAAAAAAAACAAGUGAAAAGAUUGAGAUGGAUUGAUUUCAUUAGUGGAUCUUUGGCUGCCAUUGUUUCAGAUACAUUAUUACAACCUUUGGAUACAGUGAAAACAAGACAGCAAUUUGUGGGAGAGGUAGUAGCAGGUCAAACAUCUCAUCGAUUUGUGUAUAAAAAUGUUUUUGAUGCAUUUUGGACAAUUGCAAGACAAGAAGGAGUGAGAGGAUUAUUUAGAGGAUGGGUACCUACCAUGUUUGGAAGUUUACCAGCUGGUGCCAUCUACUUUGGAACUUAUGAAUCCAUGAAACGUUUCUCAAUGCAACAUUCUGAAUAUUUGAGAGAACACAAACACUUUGCAUACAUGCUUAGUGGCAGUAUUGCAGAAUUUAUGGGAAGUUUAGUCUUUGUUCCAUCAGAAUUGAUUAAAUGUCGUUUCCAAACCAAUACUUUACCUCAAUCUCAAUUAGAACAAGCAACUUGGAAAACUUUUUAUCAAGUUGCAAAAGUGGAAGGAGUGACAGGAUUAUUUCGAGGUUACUCUGCAACGAUGGUGAGAGAUAUUCCGUACAGCAUGACACAAUUUUUACUCUAUGAAUUGUUAAAAAAGGCAGUUCUGAAACGGAAAAAACAAGCCAUGAAACAAUCAGAAAUAAUACAAACCCAAAAUGGAGGAGAAUAUUUGUUAAAAACAAUUCCUACAAAAGUUAAAUUAAGCGUGAUGGAAUCCAUACUUGUUGGAGGAACAGCAGGCGGUGUUGCUGCAUGUUUAAGCAAUCCUAUUGAUGUCGUCAAAACUCGACUUCAAACUUCAAUGUCAUUCCGGGGUGGAUUUUUAAGUAUGUUCCGACAUGUCAUGCAACAAGAAGGAUGGAGAGGAUUUUUCAAAGGUGUGACACCGAGAGUGAUGUGGGUGACAUUUUCUACUGCUAUUAUGUUCUCAGUGUUUGAAUUUGUGUCUCAUGCCUUAACAGAACGAUUUGUCGAUGAAGAUAACGUGACUGAGGAAGAUUCAAAGAGUGAUGACAGUACCAAAGAGAAACGAGGAUUUUCGUCAAGUCGAGUACUGAUGGAAAAUGUGAAUGCCGCUUCUUCGAACGAUUCCUUGAAAUAA